UCUUCGUUUUGGAUUAAGAGCGGUUUUCAAAGUGCCUGGAUAAAAGGCAAACAAAAAAAAGCUUGGCUUUCUCUUUCACUUUAUUAACAAUUCCAUGAAAACGUUAGCAUGGACGACAUUAACAAUGGAACUCUACCAGAAGAUGAUCCAUUGAAGGACCAACCCAUGGAAGAGGAAAGCUAUUCCUCAUGGGCUCUUUUGAUUUUAACAUCGUUGCUUAUUGGUGCUUUAUGGACAAGCUAUUAUCUCCAACUACGCAAAAUACGAGCGAUACACGAAACAGUCAUCUCCAUCAUGGCUGGUAAUGUUUCUUCAAACAAAACAAAAUGCUUUGAGAUAAUUUGUCUUCAAGUCAAUUCACGACUUGAUGCUUUACUAAACAAAAUUUUAACAAAGGAAUGAUUGUUGGUUUGGGGAUCAAGUUGACGCCAGGAACUAUUGUUCAACGCAUGGUCCAGUUCAAGCAGGGAUAUUUUUUUAACCUGCUGUUACCACCCAUUAUAUUGAACUCUGGCUACGAGCUGAAACGGCGUAAUUUCUUUAUCAAUUUCGGUACAAUCUUGACAUUUGCCAUGGUCGGUACCUUUAUUGCCGCCCUUGUCACCGG